CUUAGUGCUCUGACUCCCCCUGCUGGCCAUCUCUGGCCCUCCGCACAGUCACUUCCUGCUUGCAGCAGGCCUGGGUGGGACAGGAAGCGCUGCCUCUUCUGCAAGCCCUGCAUUGCUGGCUCAAGCAGCUUCCUGCUCUGUCUCCUGUGAAACUGAACUGUCGCCACCAAAAAUGCCGGCUUAUCACUCCGCUUUAAUGGACUCUGAUACCAAGUUAAUUGGGAACAUGGCUUUGUUACCCAUUAGAAGUCAGUUCAAAGGACCAGCUCCAAGGGAAACAAAGGACACAGAUAUAAUAGAUGAAGCCAUCUACUACUUCAAAGCAAAUGUCUUCUUCAAGAAUUAUGAAAUUAAGAAUGAGGCUGACAGAACCUUGAUCUACAUAACUCUCUACAUUUCCGAAUGCUUAAAAAAGCUGCAAAAGUGUAAUUCGAAAGGCCAAGGAGAGAAGGAAAUGUACACAUUAGGAAUCACUAACUUCCCAAUCCCCGGAGAGCCGGGCUUUCCACUCAAUGCCCUCUAUGCCAAACCUGGCAACAAACAGGAGGACGAGGUGAUGAGGGCCUACUUGCAACAGCUGAGACAAGAAACAGGUCUUAGGCUUUGUGAAAAGGUGUUUGAUCCCCAAAGUGACAAGCCUAGCAAGUGGUGGAUCUGCUUCGUGAAGAGGCAGUUCAUGAAUAAGAGUCUGUCAGGACCUGGGCAAUGAAGAAGCAAUGAGAUGCUGCAAAAUGCUUAACAUUUUGACUGUAAGAUGUAUAAAAUAUUUUGCCUUUGUUUCAUAUACAUUUUAUACCAAGGAGGAAUAAGUGCUUAUGAGGAAAAGCUGUCAAUCUCCAGGGGAAGAUGGAACAGAAAGCCAUUUGAAUACUGUACGCAAAUGAUGUUAAGCUGGUGCUUAAUAAAAAAUUAUUUCUAA